GCAUUGCAGAAUUACACACCCCUUGCAUAGUGCAUAGCAGAGGAAGUACACGGUGAAAUUACCAAUUGAAUUGAGCCUUUCUUCGUAAGUUGUUUGCCGUCAUCAUGUCAGAGAAACCUCCUCUCCCCGAAGUCCACCCAGGCCCUCAGGGAAUGUAUCCUCCUGGGCCUGCGGGCUCCGCCCCGUACCCCACACAGCCGGGCCAAGGAGGCCAACCAGCGGCCCCUGGUGCAGGGUGGGCCGUUCCUGGACCGACCCCUCAAGCCGGCCCCCAGCCAGGAGCAGAUGCUGCGGCCAUGGGGAUGUAUCCCUCUGUGGGGCCAGGAGGACAGGCCAUAGCGAUGCAGCCAGUACCAGGAGCACCACCCCCGGCCGGCUCAGCUGGUUGGGGACCUGGCCCUGGUGCCCCGCCUGUGGCAGUGAGCGCUCCGCCAGGCCUAGAGUACCUCACCCGCGUUGAUCAACUACUGGUCAAACAGAAGAUGGAGGCCUUGGAAGCUUUCACGGGCUUUGAGACGAACAACAAGUAUGAGGUGCUCAACACCAUGGGCCAGAGAGUCUACAUGGCUGUGGAGGAUACCUGCUGCUGUACGCGUUGUUGCUGUGGGGCAUCGCGACCUUUUGAUAUGAAGAUCCUGGACAACCACAAGAAAGAAGUGAUGCACCUGUCGCGACCUCUGCGCUGUAGCACCUGCUGGUGCCCCUGCUGUCUGCAGAAAAUGACGGUGGAGGCUCCGAAGGGCUCUGUGAUUGGCUUCGUUCGUCAGGCGUGGAGCUGCUGCCACCCCAAGUACAAGGUGAACAACGCUGAGGACGAUACGGUGCUGCGCAUCAAGGGGCCCUGCUGUCGCUGCAACAUCUGUGGGGACAUUGAGUUUGAGGUGACCUCUCCCGACGAGUCCACCCAUGUGGGUCAGAUCACCAAGCAGUGGUCGGGCCUGGCCAAGGAAAUCUUCACUGACGCCGACAACUUUGGCGUGACCUUCCCAAUUGACCUGGACGUCAAGACCAAGGCCACGACCCUCGGGGCCGUCUUUUUGAUCGACUUCAUGUACUUUGAACAAGACAAGGGAGACGUGAAAAAGGAGGCGAAACAGCUGACCAGCUAAUUUUUAUCCAGCAUUUUUUUUUUUUAAUUCAUGGACUUAUUCAUAUGGAAUCCUUUGCUACUAUAUAAAAAUUAUGAGGUCGUUUAGAACAAGAUUGUCAUUUUUUGUAAUCUUUAUACCAGAAUAUCUUGCACCUACUGAUGUGCAAGUGAUUCUUUUUCUGUUAUUGCAUGUAUUUAACUCACUGAACACCAGCAACUUUGGCUGAAUAUACUCCCAAAGACCAGCUGAGUGAUGGGUUUUUUUUGGGUUUUUUUUUUAAUUUACACAAAAAUUGGUAUUAUACACAUAUAUAUAUAUAUGUAUAAAUAAAAGUUGUUUAAAAAAAACAGAAACAAAAUUAUCAUAAUUAGUUUUGGAGUGAUAGGUUUUUAAAAUGACCCUAUUUUUUCCCCCUCAUUAUUUUUCCAGAGUUUGUCUUGUUUAUCAUUGAAUGUCACAUAUGUAAGAAUACUUUUCAGUCGUACGUACAGACUUCAGGGGAUAUUGUAAAGAGAAAUGAGAGCAAUGAAAUGGUACACACUUUGAAAAAAAUAUUAUUUAGUCACAUUAUCUGUGGUUUGUGUGUUAUUUGCUAAAACACAGGAAAUUUAAUUCGCAAGACAGACCUAAAAAUAUUACUAAAUUUAGAGCCAGAUGUUUGAUAGACUGAAGUUUUAGUCACAUGUCCAACUUCAGCGGCUUAUUUUGACAAAGAUGUACCACUUGUGUCAAGUGUCAGUGAGUUAACACAUGCAAGAGUUGAAAAAUGCAGUAUUUUAAUUCUUAUAAAUAAUACCAUAUUUUUGUGCUUCGUAGUAGGAUAUUGUAUUUUUAUGCAUUAAAAAAA